AUGUUAAAGUUAGGUAUCCAUCAUGCUCAUUUGGAAAAUGUUGAAAAAAUCAAAAAUCUUGAAGAAUUUAUUGAAAAUAAUAAUAAAGAAUGUGAUGAUUUGAUUGAUGAACUUAAUUAACUUGUCGAAAGUGUGAAUCAAUCAUUUUCUUAAUUGAAAAUUGGAAUAAGAGAUAAAUAUUCUGUUUAAAAGGAAAGAUUACUACAUCUAAUUAGUAAUAAAUAAAUGAGUCCUUGA